AUGACCUCCGCAACCAAGCUCUGGGCCAACGGCGUCUCGGUGCCCCUCACCACGCCCUUCAAGGCCGACGACAGCAUCGACACGGACGCGCUCGCGACCCAGGUCGUGCGUCUCGCCAAGGCCGGUGUUGGGAUCGUGCUCCUCGGGACCAACGGGGAGGCGUCGCAUCUCUCCCAGGCUGAGCGCCGUCUCGCUGUCCAGGUUGCUCGUAAGGCAUUGGAUGGCGCAGGGUUCCAGGACGCGCCGCUGCUUGUUGGCACUGGCGCCGGCUCCGCCGCCACCACUAUCGAAGUCACAAAGGAGGCUGCCACGGCCGGGGCGACGCAUGCCAUCGUCAUCUGCCCGGGCUACUUUGCCUUUGCGAUGGGCCGUGACCGCGCGGCCAUCAUCGCCUUCUUCGAGCAGGUGAUGGACGCAUCCCCCAUCCCUGUGAUGAUCUACAACUUCCCUGGCGCAGCCGCGGGUAUCGACCUGACGUCCGACGAGCUGAUCAAGCUGGCCGCCCACCCCAACUGCUUUGGGGCCAAGUUGACCUGCGCAAUGAUCGGCAAGGGCCAGCGCCUGGCCGCAUACGCCCAGAGCGACGCGUACGUAGCCGCCCACUCGCAGCUCAAGAACGUGACCGUCACCGGCCAGUUCCAAGUUCUUCCCGGCUUCUCAGAGUCUCUUCUCCCCUCCCUCGUUGCCCGACACACCGGCUGUAUUACGGGUACGGGCAACGUGUUCCCCAAGACCAUUGCACGGCUGUACGAGCAGUCGGUCAAGGGGCUGCAGGGGAAUGCUGAGGCUAUGGCUGAGGCGCUCAAGCUCCAGGACCGGGUUGCGCGCUCCGACUUUAUCAUCGUCAAGGCUGGUAUCCAGGGUACCAAGCACGCACUUGAUGUGUUCGUCCAGCCUGGGCUUGGGGGCCGUGCGCGUCUCCCCCUCGGGCCGUGCAGCGACGAGGUCAAGAAGAUGGUUGAGACCGAGCUCAAGGAGGACUGGGAGUUUGAGUGCUCGCUCUAA